AUGGCCGGGGUUAAUGGCGACCGAAAGGGAAAGAAGGAUGAUAAUGGGAUGGGUACCGCCAUCGACUUUGUCCUGUCCAAUGCCAAGCUGGUGCUGGGGGUCGGAGGGGCUGCCAUGCUUGGCAUCGCCACGCUGGCUGUCAAACGAAUGUACGAUCGAACCAUAAGCGCCCCCACUAGCCCCACCAAGAUGGAGCGGGGGGGUAAAAGGAGCUGGGAGGAGCCUAGUUGGCUGGGGUCGUCGCCAAGGCUACUGAACCAUGACAUGAAGUCCACAGUGAGUCGGUCGCUGCAGACACUACCUACGUCCUCCAGUGCCUUUGAACCAGGCCGUGUGCCCCCCCCAGGCCAUGUACGGCGGGCCGGAGGGCAGGACGGCGCCGGUUCGGCGGACCUGCACCGCGCGCGACUGCGCCUGUCCCUGCAGGAGCGGCUGUGGACCUUUUACCGCGAGCGCGUGACCAUCCCCGGCGAGGAGCAGGCCAGCGCCCGCCGGGCCGCCCUGGACAUCUGCGCCGAGCUCCGGGUCUUCCUGCACGCCAAGCUGCCCGACAUGCCCCUGAGGGAGAUGUACCUGAGCGGGAGUCUCUACGACGACCUGCAGGUGGUGACCGCGGACCACGCCCAGCUGAUGGUGCCCCUGAUCCUGGAGAAGAACCUGUGGUCGCCGGUCCCGGGCGAGGACACCAUCAUGAACGUGCCGGGGUUCUGGCUGGUGCGGCGGGAGAACCUGGAGUACUUCCCCAGGGGUAGCAGCUACUGGGACCGCUGCCUGGUGGGGGGGUACCUCUCCCCGAAGAGCGUGCUGGAGGUCUUCGAGAAGCUGGUGGCCGGCUCCAUCAACUGGCCGGCCAUCGGGAGCGUGCUGGACUACGUGAUCCGCCCGGUGGUGCCCUCGGAGACGCUCACCCUGGAGGUGCAGUACGAGCGGGAGCACCGGCUCUACGUGGACUUCCUGCCGCUGCUCGCCAUGGAGGACGGCGUCUCGCUGAUCGCCAAGCCGCACCGCCGGGCCGAGCGCCACGAGAACCUGUGGCGGCAGAGCUUUCGCGUGGCGGAGACGGCGCGGCUGCGGGCGCUGGACCAGGAGGACGGCGGCUGCCGCUGCCUGUGCCUGAAGGUGCUGAAGGCCGUGUGCAAGCUGAACCCCGCCCUCUCCCGCCUUACCGCCGGCCAGCUGACCAACGCCCUGCUGCUGCUGAGCGAGGGGGAGGGGGACUGGGCCCGGGACGCGCUGGCCGACCGCUUCCUGCAGCUCCUCCGCGCCCUGGUGGGACACCUAGAGGCCGGGAGGCUCCCCUGCGCCCUCUGCCCCAAAGUCAACCUCUUCUGCGAGCUCACCCCCCAGGAGGUGGACGAGCUGGGCUACACCCUCUACUGCGCCCUGUCCGACCCGGAGGGGCUCCUGAGGACCGCGUGACCCCCACCCCCCGCCCCCACCUCUCACCACAGCAGACCGGUGGCCAGUUACCACUCAGCUGGCUCAGCUGGUUCUUUAGAAACACAAGGACAGCCUCCCCAUUGCCCCUUUUGAGAGAGAGGUCUUGGACAUGUCUCACUGUGAGGGAGCGUUUAAAACCCCGAUGCAUCUGCCGACAGAUAAGUUUCGUUUCUUGGUUUGUUUUUUUAUUUAUAAUUAGGCCGUAGCUUAUUUAUUACCUAAGACCGAUGGUGAGAUGCAGCUCAGUAACCUGGUUAAUUGUAUGGGUCCACCUAAUUCCCCCUUAAUGGCUGUACCUUUAUAGGUUUUUUUUUUUUAAACCCAAUGCAUUUGAUAGUAUUAUUCUGACUGAGACUCGAGCUGGAACUUGGCACAGAAGCUCUAAGAACAGAAGGAAUUAAAGUGUUAACAGCUGGUCAGCAAGUUAAAUUUUGGACAUGGGGGCAGGAAGUUCUGGUGCACCAUAGUAACCACAGCUGCCGAACACGCUUUCUCUGUUCACUGUGGUCAGACAGCCAGUGUGAAGCAGUCAUCCUAGGUUUCUGAGAAACGGGAAGUGUGAAGGUCACUUCCUCUUUCAUCCUAAAAACGGGAAGUACAUUAGUGGGGAGUGCUAUUGACUAGCCUACUUGAAUGCACGUUUGUUUCCUUUGUGUGUUGAGCUGCAGGAAAUGAAAAAAUAAAGAACAAAUAAUUGUUGGACUCAAAACAGGAUUUUAUUCACUUCAAAGUAUGUUAGUCCUAUCUUCAGGAUCAGGUGGAAAGUUACACUAGGUGUGAUGGGUGUUCUGCACUGAUGUUGGAUGGAAGCCUCGUUGGGGGCUGAUCCAGGAGUUGUACUGGUGAUUGUGUUGCGUGAGGCAUGUGAUUGGCUGUAAGCAAAGGGCAGGACGCCAUGUGAAUAUGAUUUAUUUUCAUUUUGGUGUCAAAACUGGACAGUAGAGCUGCAAGUCAGAAGCACACCCCACUAUAUAGAUGGUUUGCUUAUAGAUACCAUUUUUACAGGGAGAAUGCAUAUAUAUGUGUGUGUGUGUGUGUGUAUGUGUGUGUGCGCAUGCGCAAGUGGAGCAGUUUCACAUUUCUGGUCAAGUGACAAAAAAAUUUGCAUUGGUAAAUGUGUUGUCACAAGGAAAUGCUUUGUGAAAUCUGUAGGGCGAGAUGUUUUUUUUUAACCCGUGUUCAAACGCAAAAAAAAAACACUGAAGCUCUUCCACUCCACCCUAAAGGUUUUUGAACUUUUGUAGGUGUGAAUUGCUGAGUCAUUCUUGUCAGAACAAAAGCUUUCACGAGGUAGGUGCAGAUCCUCGGAAAAGUGACUAAUAAACGGACAGAUUCUGUGUGGCGUCUUGCCGGCUUUUCAGACAUGAUAUGUGUCUCGGCCCAAUGCUGUUUUGACACUUCGGAGUGAGUUUCCUGUGUCAUCACGGAUCGCCUCAUUGCAAGAAGCUGACUGUUAGCAGCACUGUCUGUGAAAUGUGACGAGCAGCCGUUGUCAACGGCAACAUGAGAGGAGCAAAGGGGGGCCCAGGGGCAGUGCGUUUAAACUCACCCGGACUUUAACUUGUUGCACGCUUCCCUGUUCCCUGUUUAACACUGCCCGAGGAGCACUGAGUCCUGUCCUGGAUUGAACAAAUAAAAGGCUUUUUUGGGGAACUGUGAAGAUUUCUGUCUGCUGCAUCGAUGCAUCCCACGGGAUAAAAAUAAAACGAUGUAUUAAUACUCCGUCAUACCUCAGCUUGAAAAUCCAACUCUCUCUCAUUGCACCCAAAAGUAGUAUGUAAAAGAUUUUACUUUAUUUAUUUUUAAUGAACAUUGUGUCUGUGUCACAGACCCUUAUUGGGGAGGGGGCAGCAAACUAUGUUUAAUAAAUGUAUGUCUAAUAAUGUAACGGAAACAAGUAUUUUUGUAUUUGUUGUGUGAGUAUUACCAAAAUGAGCGAGCAAGAGACUAUGAAGGUAUUUGUUCGCUGCACAACAAUGGCAUGUUUUGUUUAUGCAAACAGUGAUCCACUGUAGAACAGGCACUAGAAAAAUGUGCAGACUUCUAAAAAUCCUCUUCGGAAAAAGUCUCGAUCCAAAAUGGGGCUUGUGACAAAAGAGAGGGCGGAGCCACGGGGUCUGUGCGCUGGAGUCCUGCUCGUUCCACCAGUUCUGCACGUCUGUUUCUCCCCCCCGAUCUUCAUGUUGUUCGUCUUCUUGAAGAGCAAAAAGCUGCCUGUGUCCUGGCAUGAUUUUAAAAUGUUUUGUUGUUGUUCAGGGAAUACAAGCUGCAUAGGCAGCACUUUCACAGCAAAGGUUACGUUGACGGUGGUUCAUAAGCGAACAGGACACCCACUGAUUGGAAGAGGCCUUUUCUUUUAGCCAGUGUCCUGUGCCCACCAGUCACUAUAUGACUGAAAUCCUCCCACCAGGAACUGCUGCUGAGAUUCACUUCUGUUUGUCACUAGUUAAUGGCUCGAAUGAAUGUUUCCAAUUCCAACUGUUUUUUUGUUGGUCCAAAUAUCGAUUUUUUGUGUCUGAUUUUGUCCUGUCUUGUUUGGGUUGGGGGUGGGGAACGUAUGUGCCAGGUGGUGUCUCGGGGGGGGUGCAGUCAGUGUUGGGUUCGGCUGGUUGUGGCAGAGCGCUGUUUCUCUGAUGCCUAAUGAAACCCUUUAUCGGCCAAGGCCUUAUAAAGAGCCCACACUGGGAAUCAGUGCUGUGUGAAGCUCAUCACAUUUCCAGAACAAGACCCUUUCAAGAGGAACGAUGCUGGGUGCCCUGGAAUCUGGAUUUUCUUUUUAACAGGGCCCUGCAGGCAGGGUUUCUGCUGUGAAGAGUGGAGCUGGGUCACAGAUUGAACCAUCAGCUUUUCAGAAAUCCCGGCCCAUUGCCAAACCGACAUGUGCAGUCAGAGGGAAAAGUCGAGUGAGUUGUGCAAUCCAUUUCUGAUUUGUUUAUGGUCAAAUCAGUCUUUGGUUCCUUUUUCGGGGAGGGGGGUGGUGUUUGUGGCACAAGGUCAGUCAUGGUGCUAUAUGGUGAAAUCUGUCUGGUACCAUUUUCUGGGAAGUGGGGGUGUUGUGUGUGACCAGAAUUUCAGCCAUGGUGCUCUUACUCUCCAGUAAGCAUUUUUUUUUUUUGUGUUUCUGUGGUUUUUUUUAUUUGCCUUAGAAUUUCAUAUAAUCGUCUGAUGGAAAGUUUUCAGUUAGGUGGUCUCCGGUAAAAUGGGAGGCCAGUCUAGUUUCUGUGGCAAUAGUCAGAAUUAUGUUGCUGGUAUCUUGUUAAAACCGUUGUCUGGAUUUUGUCAAGUUGAAGGUUUGAGCUGCUAACUAACCUCAAAUAUAAUGGUGAAUCUCUUUUGCGAAGCACUAGGUCUGAACAGUAUGCAUCCAUUUCUGGUGUCUCAAAUGUUUUUAAUCAGUAUAGAAGUGUGUUCUGAAGAAUCAGGGUGUGAAAAGGAAAAACUGAAGGGCAUCCACAACAAACUUCCUACUUAGGUCUUGUCCAGUGUAGCCACAGGCAGACUAUGGAAACACGUUACAUAAACAAGUAUGUUCAUUUUAACAGGUUACGCUGCUGUUGCAAUAAAUUUCUGUUGGAGAGUUGACUGUC